AUGCCAUUUGGGUGCCUUGCCGUGCGAGAUGGGCGGAACUUAGACAACAUCUAUGAUGUCACCGAUAAGUAUGAGAUGGGACAGGUCCUUAAAGCGAAGGAGUUCUGUGAGCUGUGUAUGGCUAAAGACCGACAAACCAACAAGGUGUUUGUCUGUAAGAAGUUUCUGAAGAAGGACGGGAGGAAAGUACGCAAGGCUGCCAAGAAUGAAAUCCUGAUCCUCAAAAUGGUCAACCAUCCAAACAUCCUCCAACUGAUCGACACUUUUGAGACGCGGAAGGAGUUCUUCAUCAUCCAGGAGCUGGCUACAGGCGGUGAUGUGUUUGACUGGAUUCUGGACCAGGGGAAUUACACAGAGAGAGAUGCCUCCAACGUGAUCAAACAGGUUCUAGAGGCCGUGUCCUAUCUACACUCACUCAACAUCGUGCACAGGAACCUCAAGUUGGAGAACCUGAUGUACUACACAGAGAACAAUCACAACAAAGUGGUUCUGCGGGAUUUCUACCUGUCCAAGUUUGAGAACGGUUCCAUCACAGAACCCUGUGGAACACCGGAGUACCUGGCUCCUGAGGUUGUGGCCAGACAUCGAUACGGUCGACCGGUGGACUGUUGGGCAGUAGGGGUCAUCAUGUAUAUACUUCUGUCAGGGAAUCCUCCGUUCUACGACGAGACAGAAGAAGAGGACACAGACCUUCACAACCGGAUCAUCUUCUGUCGUAUCGUAGCCGGGGAGUUUGAGUUUGACACUCCUUACUGGGACGACAUCUCUGUUCCAGCUAAGGAGUUGGUGUGUAGACUGAUGGAGGUGGACCAGAUGCUGAGAAUCACAGCUACAGAUGCUCUCGUACACAAGUGGAUUGCUGGUAACGGGGCGUCGGAGAAGAACCUGAAGGAGGGAGUGUGUGCCCAGUUUGAGAAGAACUUUGCUAAGGCCAAGUGGAGGAAACUGAAGAAAGCGAUCCGAGUCACCACCUUCAUGCAGCGUCUUCGUGCGUCUGAGACUGCUGCAGCUGAAGUGGAGGCAGGAGGGCAGGGGGAAGGAAGGGGUGAGGGCCAGGGAGGAGGAGGGCAGAGUGAGGGAAGAGGGGUGACACCAGAGGUGACGGUUGGAACUAAUCCGGAGCGUGAGGAGAGGAACGGGGGAGUCGGGCCUCCCAACCAAUCAAAUGCCAGCUCCAAACCUCUGGGAGACGAGCCAAAGAAGCCAGCCGUGAAGAAGACGUCAGGCAAAAUGGCCGCCGCAUUGGGUCAAACCAAAACGACAACAGAGACCAAAACACCUCCUACCCCCAUCGUAACCCCUGACCUCACCAAGCCCCAGGACCCCGUCACUGUCUCUGACCACGACACAGCAGCACCAUCGUUGCCUAGCAAUGCCAAGAAGAAGCAAUCAACCUAUGUCACUCCUGAGACUCCAACGACUCAACGACACAAGAUGGACGCCCAACUCCCCAACAUGGGCCCAGGCCCUGCUGCUGCUACUACUACUACUGCUGCAGCCAUAGCCCCACCUGCUGACAGGAGGCCGGCAGUGCAGGCUCCAGUAGAGGAGAAGAAGCUGGGUGACAGUAGCUGGUGUCAGACCCAGCUCCCUGAGGCUGUAGCUGAGAGGCCUGCUGGAGGUGGGGGAGUAGGGGGAGGAACUGGGAUUGAGAUGGGAGGGGGAGGGGCAUCUGGAGCAGGGUCAGGGGUACUUGGAACAGGAUCAACAGUAAGAACUGGGCCAAGAGGUGACGCGAGCCCCAUUGGUAGAGACCAGAGAGCAGACAGUCACAGUGUAGAGUUCAGCAUGUCCAGGGGGCAACCCGAACCGUCCAAGGGGGGCUACAGUUAUACCAUAGGGGCCCUGGGAAGCUCCCCUCAUCUAGGCCGACACACCACCGCAUAUGGCCAGGAGGUUGAGCUGGGGGGGUACGGGGGUUCCUACUGCUCCUCUCUGUACGGCAGUGGGGGUGGAGGAGGGAUGUAUGGGGGACUGGAGCACGGAGGUGUUGGGGUCAGAGGUCAUGGUAGUAGUACUGCUGAUUGGCAGAUGGACAGCGUGAUCGAACAGAUCGAGAAGCAAAUGGCGGCGGUGCUGGAGAAGAUCGAGGGGGACAUGCCCUCUCUCCUGGAACAGAUCAGUGACUGCCCCCCGCCACCCGAACCCCCCCGCAGCACACACACCUCGCCCUCCUCACGCUCCCGCUCCUCCCAACACCAAUCAUCUCACUCCUUCACCUCCUCCCUCACCUCCACUGCUACACCCCCACCCCUCCCCACAUCUCCCAGACCACCUCUUCCCUCCCUCCCCCACCUCACCAUCCCCCCUCCGUCCUACCCGCCUCCUUCCCUGCCCACCCGCUGCCCUGGUCAGCCAGUCGGUGAGCACAAGGAGAGAGACGGACAGAGGGGAGCAGUCCAUUCCAGCCAAUCCCCAUCCGUGAGGCCAGGGAAGGGCCUAUGAGGUGGGCAGGAGGGUGCUUGGGGUGGUUAUGACGUUCCAGUAUCCACACUAGAACACCUCUUGGAUUCUAGAAUGUCUAAUAUGUUGUUGCAUUCUAAGUUGUAUGCCAGUGGAUACUGGAACAGAGCAAUAGAUGGGUUUUCCCAAUCGAACGAGCAAUUCAUACCAGACAUACUACACCAGAAACAUGAGAUACAGAUUGUUCAAUUAAAUUGAACAAUCAGAAAUUAUAUAUAUCCUGUAUUGAUUGGAUUUAAAUGGAUUUGAUCCCACCCCUGAUUCCCUCUCUCAUAGUUCAGUAAUCUCAGACAACUAAAUCUUCCCUCUCUCAUAGUUCAGUAAUCUCAGACAACUAAAUGUUCCCUCUCUCAUAGUUCAGUAAUCUCAGACAACUAAAUGUUCCCUCUCUCAUAAUUCAGUAAUCUCAGACAACUAAAUCUUCCCUCUCUCAUAGUUCAGUAAUCUCAGACAACUAAAUCUUCCCUCUCUCAUAGUUCAGUAAUCUCAGACAACUAAAUGUUCCCUCUCUCAUAAUUCAGUAAUCUCAGACAACUAAAUCUUCCCUCUCUCAUAGUUCAGUAAUCUCAGACUAAAGUCUUGCGUAAUUGGUCAGGUGCUCUAUGUAAUUCUGGGUCCACAAGUGUUAAGAGAUCGGCACAAAGAGAUGUCCCUGUAUGUACCCUCCUCUUACGGGUGAGUCUAUGUCCCUGUAUGUACCCUCCUCUUAUGGGUGAGUCUAUGUCCCUGUGUGUACCCUCCUCUUACGACAUUUGAAAGAUGCUAACACCUGCUAAAGAUGCUAACACCUGCUAAAGAUGCUAACACCUGCUGAAGAUACUAACACCUGCUAAAGAUGCUAACACCUGCUAAAGAUGCUAACACCUGCUAAAGAUGCUAACACCUGCUGAAGAUACUAACACCUGCUAAAGAUGCUAACACCUGCUAAAGAUGCUAACACCUGCUAAAGAUGCUAACACCUGCUGAAGAUGCUAACACCUGCUAAAGAUGCUAACACCUGCUAAAGAUGCUAACACCUGCUAAAGAUGCUAACACCUGCUAAAGAUGCUAACACCUGCUAAAGAUG